CGGCCCCGCCCCUGCCCCGCCCCCAGCCUCCUGGCUGCUCCCGGGCGGCGGGCGGGACGCCGGGGGCGGUGCGCGGGGGAGGAAACGCGCCCGGCCGCGGCCCGGGAGCUGCCCAGACGUCCGAGUCGGGAGCGAAGAGCGCCGCGUCCUCAUUUGCUGGGUGUGCGGGCCGGGGGUCCUGUUCCGUGUCUGGCCGUCCAGCGCCCACCCGGCGUUUGCUCCCUUGCCCCACCCGCCCGCAGCGCCGGUAGUCCGGAAACGGCCCCGCCGCGCCCCCUCCACGCCCCCCGCGGGCCCCCGCGGCCGCCGGUCGAUGUCCUGAGCUCGCUGCCCGCAGGCGCUGCGCCCCGGCCGGGGCUGCCCUGUGAAGCUGGGGCGAGGCGCGCCGGGUAUGCGCCAUCACCAUGUCCCUCCUGGGCUCGUGGCUCGGUGAGGUCCAGUGGCUGGUCCUGGUGUCGCUCUUCGUGGUGGCCCUGGGCACGGUGGGCCUGUACCUGGCGCAGUGGGCGCUGGCCAGGGCGCGCCUCCGGCCCCCGCGGCGCGCGGCGGAGCCUGGCGAGGGCCAGCGCCCCGAGUCGGACGCGCUGCUCUCCUGGAUCCUGACGCUGAAAAGCUGGCGGAGCCAGUGGCAGGCCGCCUGGGUGACCGCCUUGAACCGGGAGGCCAAACGGAAAGGAGGCCCGCUGCUCCUGUCCUUCGAGGAGGAUCCGCGGCAGCAGCCCCUGGAGCUGGCCGUGCAGCAGGUCUCCAGCACAGCCAGGGUGGCCUGGGAGAAGGUGGUGUCUUGUCACGUGGUGGGUGAUGCCAUCGAGUUCCUGGUCAGCGCGGGGCCUGCCUCGGCCGCGGACGCCAGACGCCAGCUGCAUGUUGCACGGCUCUCGCCAGUACAUUUACAGCUGGAACUCCACAUGAAGGAGAAGAAGGAAGACAUUCAGAUCAAGUGGUCCUUCAUCAGUGUGCCCGAGACGGCCGUCGCAGUCCAGCCCAGAGUGCCGGGCGAGGACCAGGUGGUUGAGGCAAAUGCAGUGUCGGAAGCUCUCAAGGAUAUUUUGAAGCAGCUGGUUAGCUCCACCUCUCCCUCAGUGUUUCUGAGCACCAAGUCUGUGGACAUCAGGGACGUUCAGAGCCUGCAGAACACUUCACCCCCUCCUCAGGAACCCUGCCCUCCCAAGCCCCCGAGGGCUCAUGAACUCAGAUUGGUGGUGAAGAACAUCCGAGCCUCGCUGCUGAAGGGCGCCGGUGCCUCGGGCAAUGCUAACCCCUUGUGUGUAGUUCAGCUGAAUGAUCCCGUUCAGAAGUUUUCCAGUGCCCUUGCAGAAAACACUACUGACCUCACCUGGGAAGAAGAAUUCACCUUUGAGCUGAAUGCUAAAUCCAAGGAGUUGUACCUGCAGAUUUCAGAGGAUGGGCGAUCCUCAGAAGCUCUGUUGGCGAUGACGACUAUCCCUUUAGAUUUAUUUAAGAAGCAGCCUUCUGGGCCAGAAAGCUUUACCUUGACCAGCAGGUCCUCCUGCGGCAGUUCGGUGUUGGGUUCUGCCACUGCAGAGUUCUCUUACAUAGAACCCAGUGAAGUGAAAUCCUGGCAGACUGCUCCACCUGUACCUGCUGCAAAGAUAGAAAAAGACCGCAUGGUGAUGCCGUGUGGGACUGUGGUCACUACUGUCACUGCCGUGAAAAGCAAACCUCGCUUCGACACAGGGAGGGCAUCCCCGCUGAGCCCUGAGUCUCCCCUGAAGACACCCGUCAAGGUGAAGGUGAUUGAGAAGGACAUCUCCAUCCAAGCCAUGUCCUGCCACGGCGCUCCUGUCAGCAAAACCUUCUCUUCUUCAGACACAGAACUGCUGAUGCUGAGCGGCUCCGACCCAGUGGCCGCCGUCGCCAUCCGGCAGCUCAGCGAGUCCUCCAAGCUGAAGGUCAAGUCGCCGCGGAAGAAAAGCACCAUCAUCAUAUCCGGGGUCUCCAAGACCUCGCUAUCUCAGGACAACGAUGCUGCCCUGAUGCUGGACUACACAGCCUCCAUGGACAGCGCUCACCAGGAAGACACCUCGUCCCAUCUUGGGGCGGCCGCAGCCUCUGCCCCGCCCGAGGAGGAGGCUUCGGUGCAGGCUCCACCGGCCCUGGAGCCCCCGGAGAGUGAGCUGGACUCCUGGGACUUAGGGAAGGAGUGUCAGGCUGCAGCAUGGGGCAGCCAGCCCCCGCUGGAGCCCGACGGGGAUGAGCUGUCAGAGAGCUCCCUGAGCGUCUCGGAGCCGGGGGCCACCAAGAAGCAUAAAGGAGGGAUUUUAAGGAAAGGCGCAAAGCUGUUUUUCCGCCGACGGUAUCAACAGAAGGACCCAGGCAUGAGCCAGUCCCACAAUGACCUCGUGUUCCUACAGCAGCCGGAUGAGGCCCGGAGGAAGGGGGCGACGUUCACCAAGAUCCUGAACCGGAAGCUGCUCUCCAGGCACAGAGGCAAAAGCACCGUGAACGGCGCCCCUGUGGGCCCCUCUGCCUAGCCCAGGGCCAGUGGCCAUCCACCUUGGCUCCAUAGGUGGGAACAUGCCUACUGCCCAUCCCGGCAUGGCAGAGUGCCAGCAAGCUGCCAGACAGCUGCCAGACAGCUGCCUUGUUCAUCUGGGUGUUACCCAACAAUUUCAGCUUCUAAAGGGGAGGAAAAUUCUGCGAGUCUUCAGCUAGAAGGACACCCCGGAGAGAACUGCCAAAGCCGUUUGCCACCAAAGGCCGAAGGCGACCUGUCAGCUCUGCCAUGUGGGCAGUGCUCAAAUCUAAGAGUUGAGGUUCAAUGUUAGGAGAUGUACAGUAUGAGCUAAACAUAUGAUAAUGGACUGUGGAUGGGGCAGGUUUGGAGGACUCAAUCUUACCCACUCCAUGCUCCAACAGGUGUUAUUUUGGGUCCUCACCUGGACCAUGUCACAAAGAGGAGGCAUCCCUUUGUGUUGUCACUGUGAAUGGAAUGGAUGGGUCACCUCUCCUCAUUUUCUGCUCAGAAUCAAAAAGUUAACUGGCUCCGAAUACAGAGUUGGAACUCAGGAUGGAUUUUUGGUAAAUAGAGAAACUGUGAUAAGGACAGGAAACACUCUAACAAAUGUAGGAAGACAUUGGCCUUUGGUGUUAGCCAUAUAACUUGAAAAGUUACGCAAAUACUAAGUAUAUCCUAUGCACAUUAUGCUGAACACUUUUCUGAGUUUACUUUGAGUCUGUUUGCAAGUGGGAGAUGUAUAAAUUCUUAAUGUAUUUUUUACAUUUUUCUCUAUAGUGUCAAAAGCUCUAAUACCAGUGGAUCAGUCAACACACGGAUUUGUUUUUUCCUGGCUAGCAGGCUUGCUAAGCAAGGGUGCAUAGUCUGGAGUGAAGUUAGGAGCAGUGAGUGACAGCUCGUAGAACAUGGUAACCAUAUACACAUGGUUUUUCUUUUCAUCCAAGGUUGGUUUGCCAAAUAUUGCCAAUAGCUAAAACCAAGUACUUUAGGGAAAAAGAGCAAAUUAUUUUACAUCUCAGGUGUGAGUCUUAGGGAUGAAAAUUUAAAAACAAAUGGGCCAAACUUGUGUCAGAUUGCUUUUACAAGCUCUUCAGGAUUCUACUGUGAACAGUGCUUGACACAUUUUGGGGUGUCCUGGUUUUGAUUUCCAGUGGAAAAAAUGAUAAACUUGACAUGUAACUUUAAUAUCCCCAUGUGUCUUUGAGGCUGCAUUCCCCACCAUAUGCCUUUCUGCUUGGAUACAUUUACAGUCUCCUUGGCUCACUCUUUCUGAAUUUGCCACUGGUAGGAGUUGUGCUUCUUAAAGGACAACGGUCAUCAGGAUCAAGGUUUUUGACUGUUUUAUUUAAAAGGCUAUUAUGAAAACUUGACUUUUGUUAAGGAUGUGAUAUUGGGUGAGCUUCUUCCUACAGGCGCUUUUGUUAAUACUUAAAACAGAUAUUUCAGUGGAAAUAGAGCCACUGAUAAACAGAAACCUUUAUAAAAACAAAAUUUAGAGUUUUUCUCCCUCUCCUCUUUCUGAAGGGAGAGAUUAGAAACCACAUUAAAUAUUUCACUUUUAAGUGCACAUUAAAACUGCUUAGUCUACCAGGAAUUAUCAAGUGACAGUAAAAUGAUUUUUUCACCAUAACUUGUUUUUAAAGCCUAUAUUCCCAUUUUCAUCAUUGUAAAGUAGCACCCGGCAUUCCAGAAUGUACCAAUACAAGUUAGUCCUCACAGGUUAGUUAGUGGUUACUACUAGUCUUUUUGGAACGGUGGUCACUUCCGUGUUUUGUUUGUCUUGAAGGAUUGUUGUACUUCUCAUGUGGCAGGCAGACCCUGUGACAUUCAAAAAUGAAUUCUACGGGGAUUACGUGUCAGAAAUUCAGACACUGAUUGGAAGUUUUCAGUAGUUUUUUGUUUGACUUGGAAAUUCAGAUGGACUCGAGUUUAUUCAAGUGUGAAGGUAUCUGAAUUUUAGAAGUUUUCUUACUCUCAAAAAAAAAGCUUUAGCCUUUUGCAUUCCCAGAUUGACUCUGUCCAUGAGCAUUCUGUUCAUUGUUGAGCACUUGUCUCAAGGGCUCUGCCUUUCCUUGUGACUUGAAACCUCUUGAGGGUCCUGGGAAUGUAGAGGGGCGCACCUCAUCUGUGUGUGGGAAGCAGGUGCAUCUCGCAGGAGAGGUAGAGAUGCGUAUUUCUCUGUGUCUGUUGCUACCUGAGACCUCUGUACAUUUGCUUAAGAUCCUGGAGCCCAUUCUCAACAGGCAGGCACAUUGUCUCCAUCUUAGGGCCUUUUCUGAAGUUACAAGAGGACGACGCCGAGUAGCAGGGAGUCUAGAGAAAAUGAAAAGGGUGGGGAGCCUUGGGACAAAACCGAGGAAAGGGCUGUACUGUUACUGUGAAUGCUGCUAAGCUAUUGAUCCCAGCUUGGCUUUAAAUGGUGUGCAGUAUUUAUGUUAAAGUAAAUACCAUUAAGGUCAAACAUCAAUUCAGAUGAUACACCAAAUGCUAAACACACUAAUUGGUAAAUCACCUUAUUCCCUUAUCUUUGCCAUAUGUGUUAGGAGCUUGAGGACUUUAAUUGUGGUUUUGGUUUUUGUCAUGAUGCUAUUUUUGCAAAGUGGUAUUUUAAAAAGCAAUUCCUCACGGACACUAUGAUUACUGUGCGUCUAUCUGGAACCAGGUGCUCACGUUGGUAUUAAUGAGCUGGCAACACUGCCCUGUGCUUUCAGGGUAAACCUGUGCUCCUCAGGGAGGGGUGCGUGGAGCUUUAGGUGGGGGUGUGCUUUAAUGUAGCAAUAACAAGUAGCCGUCUCAUUGCUCCAGCUGAAGACCUGCUGUGAGCAAGAAGGUCAGACUGAGCACUUUAUUAAGUCAGCUCUCAAGUUUAAGUUCACAACCAGCCCUUGAUUCCUCCUGAUAGCUCCCUGGCCAGUUGCUGCCACCAAUCACAAAUGAGGUGCUUGUCUAGAUUUUUGAUUGGUAUUACUGGCCACGUCUACAAAGGAGAGUGCAAAUUUUCUUGAACAGAAAGGGGAAGGUCAGUUUAACAUUGCUGCCACCAAAUUCGGGUGUUUUCUGGGUAAUAAUCUCACGGCUCUUGGUCUUGAAACCUCAGAGCACAAGUUGGUGGACAUUGGAUGUCAGAAUAUUUCUCUCUGCCAGAUGGAAAACGGGUCUUGGCAGUGACAUAGCCCUGAUGCCCUGCCCUCUCUCACUGCCUCAGAACUGCCACGGUGUGAUCACCAAAGCUUGCGGCUCGGGGACAAUGGCUCUGCUAAAUCCUGUGAAGCAAAACUCAGGUUCCCUCUGGCUCCUUUUCUUUAGCAUUCCUGUUCUGCGUAGGAGGUGGCAUGUGGUAUACAGUAACCGGUCCAGUUUGCCCAGCUUCCAGCUGGUCAGUAAUGUGCCAUUUAUAAUUUAGGCUUGUAGUUUUUUGCCCUAUGUCACACCAAAGGUACAUUUUAAAAAAAGAAAAUUAAAGUUUUUUUCUGGUAUGUGGAAAGGUUUGGCUUGAUGAUCAAGUUUAGUGCUGAAUUUAUAUGACGGUGAUUGUAUUCUUGGAAAGCACUUUAAAAUCAGGUGCAGCCCUGCACUGGAGUGGGCAGCUGGGUUGGUUAGAUGUGGCUGGAACAUCAGAGGUCUGGGAAGAAAUAAACCUGCACAUGGAACACUA